GACUGAGCUAUGCCGGAUGACUUUGCUGAGCAGACUUAGUGCGAGCGAGAUCAGCCUUUAGCGGCAGUGCCACUAAUGAUGUGGUGGGAGCAUGAACCGGGUCCUUUUUCAACUACUUGAUGGCCGGCAACUUCAAGUGAAAGCCCUCGGAGGUCGACUCCAAUGUGCCUUGGACAAUGCCUGGCAGCCAGCCUUCCUGAAGAUGACCUUCAUAGAGGAUGGCACUGUGGAGCUGCCCGAAAUCCAUCAGACCGUGAGGUUGAUCGACCAGGAGGCCGACCGACGAAGGAUGGAACUGCAGGAGCUGGCGUGUUUCGCGGGUAUCGCUGUGAAGUUUCAGGAGGUGAGAAGUGGAGCAGAGAUUCGUGUGUCUAUUGCUGCCGAAGGGCUUCAGUACACCUGCAAUGGCAAAUGGCGUCCACAGUUUAAGCAUUUGGACUUCCAUGCGGAUGAUGUUGUGGUGUUCCCAGAGAUCCACCAUUCGGCCAAGUUGCCGGAGACCUCCGCGGGCGAUGUGCGGGCGACACUGCAAGCGCUGGCAGCCAUUGCAGGGUAUGGAGCUGAUUUCCCUGAGGCUAGAGGGAAGGGCUGCUUGAGGAUGACACUGGCAGGCCUCCAACGACUUCAGUACACCGUGGAUGGCCAGGUUCGUCCACCCUUUUCCAACAUGUACUUUCAGGAGGACUUCGUCCACUUCCCGGAGUUGGGCACCACGGCCAAGUUGCCUCAAAAAGCCUUCUGUGCCAGGCUGGCGAUCCAGAAGCUUGCUUGCAUGGCUUCUUUAGGUCUUCACUUUGAGGAAGCAAGGGGUCACGGGCACAUUUGCGUGACGUGCGCUGAUGACAGACUGUUGCAGUACACGGUGGAUGGCAUUCCCCGACCCACCUUUCAGCAGAUGGUGUUCUUGCAGGAUGACAUGGUGGACUUUCCUGACAUAGGCACAUCAAUCCAGCUGCCGCACAGCUGUGCGAAUGAGUUGAGGGCGCAGCUUCAAGAUUUGGCUUGCCGAGUCCACUUGGGAGUUAGGUUUCAGACGGCUCGAGGGAACCGAAUGAUACGCUUCCACUUGGGCCAUCAGAAUCUCCAGUACACAGUUGACGGUUUGUGGCGACCGACCAUCCUGCAAAUGACUUUUCAUGAGAAUGGCCUGUUGAACAUCCCGGAAUUGAACAAGACUGUGACAAUGGCAGGGAAAGAGGUUGAAGGCUUGAGGAUCCUGUUGCAAGAGCUGGCAGCCCUGGCAGGGCUUUGUGUAUGCUUUGUUGAAGCUCGAUGCAAAGACUGCAUUCGGAUCUCCAUUGCAGGCGACAAUUUGCUGCAGUACACAGUGAAUGGGUCUUGGCGGCCAUGCUUCACAGAUUUGGACAUCCAUGAGGACGGAUGGGUCGACUUUCCAGAUCUGGGACGAAAAGCCCAGCUGCCUUUUGAUCAGGUCUACACACUGCGAUCGCAGCUGCGAGAAUUGCAACGACGCUCGCGAGAGCGUGAGGAGGACACAGAGGCCUCAGAGACUUCCAGACCUCACCCAGAAGCGAAUGGCGGAGCUCGUUGGCUGGUGGUGGACGCAGACUCGGUCCAGCUUACUGCAGAGGAAUCUGACCAGUUUGCUUCAGCACUUUGACAUUUUUUGACUCAUUUAGACUCAUCAUCGGGAUCACCGCCAGAGUGAAGCACCUCGCCCCUCUAGGCGCUGUAGGCUGCUCCAGGGCAUCGGACGCGCCUCUUGGAGACAUCACUUGAUCCGAAGAAGAACAAGCAGACUGCCAGGGACCUGCGUGCGUCCUGUACAGAGAAGAACGACAUCGAGUGCAUCGACCUGUGGAAAAA